AUGCAAACUGUUACUGGUACUGCAAGCAUCUUGUUUGUUACGUGCAUGUUGUUGGCUUAUAUCAACAUCAAGAAGCUCCAGCUUGAGCAACAUCGAGCGUGGAUGAUCCGAGGGUGGAUUAUUGCCGCUCACGUUGUCACCAUGAGACUAAUCGGGAUCAUAAUGGCCCAGAUCACCAGCCGCAUGGAUCCUUAUUAUACUAAUACCCCAUGUGCAGUCUUGGACUCAAUGUUUUAUCACAACAAGCCUGCCGUGGAAGCACUAUACCCCGACUGCAUUCGAUUCUACACGGGUGAAACUCCAGACCAGCGCGUCAUCAUCAAGGGAACAUCGGGUGGACGCCCCGAUGAGAUUGCGGCCAGUCUCAAUAGUGCUUUUGGGGCGAGUGCCUGGCUUGCUCUGCUCCUUCACAUCAUUGCUGCGGAAUUGUAUCUUCGACUUACAUCUGCUGAAAGUGAGAGGUUACGAAAGGUUUCUUAUAGGUGGCAGCAAAACGCAGGUAUGAAGGAUCCGGGGAAUGCUGGGUUGACGGCGCAGAGACUUGGGGAUGCGGAGCCGUGGGUAUGUCCUGAUGAUGGCCAGACGGUUUAUGGUGAUGGAGAGAGUUUUAGGUGA